AUCUCACGUAUCUCAACUAACUCGCUCUCCCCUCUCUGAAGUUUGAAGUUUUGGUUUGUUUCAAGAGAAAAAAGAAGGAAAUUUCCGAUGGCCCCUAAAGCCGACAAGAAGCCAGCGGAGAAGAAGCCAGCGGAGGAGAAGAAAUCCACGGUUGCGGAGAAGGCUCCGGCCGAGAAGAAGCCAAAAGCCGGAAAGAAGCUCCCGAAGGAAGGCGGAGCCGUUGCCGGUGAUAAAAAGAAGAAGCGGACCAAGAAGAGCGUUGAGACGUAUAAGAUCUACAUAUUCAAGGUGCUCAAGCAGGUCCAUCCCGACAUUGGGAUCUCAAGCAAGGCUAUGGGGAUCAUGAACAGUUUCAUUAACGACAUCUUCGAGAAGCUCGCCCAGGAGGCUUCGCGGCUGGCCAGAUACAACAAGAAGCCUACGAUCACCUCCCGGGAGAUCCAGACCGCAGUGCGCCUCGUGCUGCCUGGUGAGUUGGCUAAGCACGCCGUCUCUGAAGGGACCAAGGCCGUCACCAAAUUCACUAGCUCUUGAAUUGUACGGUUGUAAGGUUAGGGUUUGUGGCGAAAUUGGGGGGUGAAAGUUAGGGUUAGGGAUAGGGUUUCGCAUUAUUCUCUAUGCCUUCAUCCCCCUUUUUUUUUUUCUUUUAAUCUUUUGCUUUGAAGUAGAAGAUGUACGUGGGGAUGUAAGUACCUUAUAUGCUUUAAGAUGGAAUGGAAAAGCUUAUGUUUUUACCAAAUUAUCUGUUUUUCUUUUAGUUUAUUUAUUUUUUAUGGUAAUUUCAGUGAGACUAUAACUUCUCUAAAAUUCUCCCGCUGUGUGUUUUUCUCGUAAGCGGGGACUAAUCGGGAUAUCAUUGUAAGCUUGGUUUGUUUGAGCGGGGGACAAUGUCAUAAUUGUAUCGUUCUAUCGGUGCUGUUCAAUGUAAGCAUUGUUCGUUUGAUUUU